AUGGCUCCAUAUCUUGAAACCGUAAAGUCUUUCGCAGAUGUCCCUAUCACCGAUGCUGGCGUUGAUACGGUGACGUUUCUCGAAGCUGCCGACGGUCUGGUAGGCCUUUUCGAUCUCCUUGGAUCGACCGCCUUCUCCGUAGUUCAAUCCGAUCUUAAGGGGAACAUUGCUAAAGUACGCGCCCGUUAUCAGGCCACGCCUACUCUUUCUGGAACCUUAGAAUCGCUUGUGGAGAAUGAAAAGGGGGAAAAGAAGCGAACCGCAACAGAAGGUCUACUCUGGCUUCUUCGAGGAUUGUCUUUCACCUGCAAAGCACUUCAGAAUGCUCAAAGUAACAAGUCUGAGGAGCUUGCUGCUGCGUUUACUAAAUCCUACGAAAAUACCUUGAAAAAGUUCCACAAUUUCGUUGUCAAAGGAAUUUUUAGUGUGGCAAUGAAGGCAUGCCCAUAUCGUGCCGAUUUCUAUGCUAAACUUGCUGCUGACCCAGAUGGUGGAGCGCCUGCAACACAAGAAAAACUCAACGAAGAGUUAGACAAGUGGUUGGCUGCCUUGAGCAAUAUCGUUGCAAGAGUGGAAGCUUUCUACGAGAAAGGCAACUAUGGAAAAGGAUUUUGA